AUGUCCCAACCCGGCAGACCCAGGAUCGGCCGCAUCUCCAAAGAAUUAUUCUCAAGUUACUUCAAGGAUAUCCCGAGCCAACCCUACCAUGAGCCGGCUCCCGGCCGCGGGUCGUCGAGCUCUCACCACCGACUCCGCCUCAUCGCCUGGAAUCCCCUAAGCACUUGGGUCGCCACGGUCACCUCAGAAAAGACCAUCCGCGUCUGGAACCCUGAGAAGAGAGAGCACAGGUACUCAACGGAACUCAGGGGCCAUGUUGCGGGGAUUGAAAAGAUAGCGUUCAACCCAGCGAAAGAGGCAGAACUCUGCAGUGUCAGCAACGACGGAGCUGUCAAGAUCUGGGACGUGAGGACCAAGGCUUGUGUCAGUGAAAUCAAGGGCCCCAGUGGUGCCCACUCGCUAGCUUGGGCACCUGACGGCUCCUCGCUCCUCGUUGGAAACAAGCGCGGUGAACUCUUCCAGAUAUCGCCGACCAAAUCUGCAGCGGUUUCUUCUCACCAGCUGGGCGUUGACACGAACCAGAUGGCCUUCUGCUGGAGCGGAAAGAAGGUUUUUAUCCCAACCGUUGACGGUACAAUACGGAUUCUCUCGUAUCCCGAGCUCGAGCCUGUCUUGCACACCAGCUACUCCGCCGGAGACGGAGGACCGGCAGAGUUCAUGCUCAAAGGCCAUACCGCCUCCUGCCUGACAACUGAGCUUUCACCCGCCGGGAAGUACCUUGCCACAGGGGGUGCCGACUCCAUCAUAGCCCUUUUCGACACCAAGGAUUGGAUAUGCCAGCGAACAAUCUCCCGCAUGGUCGGCCCUGUCAAAUGCUUAAGCUUCACUUUUGACGGUACUUAUUUGGUCGGCGGAAGCGAAGAAGGCUCCGGAAUAGACGUAAUUCAUACCGAAACCGGCGAGCUCAUCCACACCUUCAAGACUGCGGGCCCGUGCGAAGCCGUCGCGUGGUCUCCGACGAGAUAUUGUCUCGCAUACGGUGACCUAGGUGUGCUACGCAUCAUCGACGCUGACAAGAAGCCUUCGCAAAAGCCCUAGGCCCCUCCCCUUGGGCACGAACGAGGAUGUUGCUCCGGAGAGAGAACGAAGAGGUUUGCCCUGAGGGUGGUGAGAAGUCAUAUGAGUUUCCACCCCGAGAUCAAACCCCCGCAGAUGAUCUCCCCCCAAACUCGAGUUGGGCCAGUGUAACGCCGAUGAAGACCAAGGUUCCAGCCCACCGUCUCUAACCGUGGCGGUGCCAACAGCUGCCUAUCAGCACGGGGUAAUGUCCCUCCGAGCCGCCCACUGGCGAGGAUCAAGAUUGGGACGAUCUCUUGUCCCGUCUGUGGCUAUGUGGCUGAGCGGCUCUAUCCGCGCGAUGUUGGGUAUGAGUAUCCAGAAAUAUCCCAAGCUCAUGGCAACCACGUGGGAAACAGAUUUGCUUGGGAGAGAAGUGCUCCUUGUGUACAUACACUAUACUGUUGCAUGCCGAGGUACGGACUACUCUGUAGUGAACGCUACACUAUAUGCACUUAUAGGGAGGACUGUGGGUGAUGGGAGUUGGUCUAACCCCGUACUGCGCAAUUUAUACAUACCUCUGCGAACAUGGAACC